AUGGGUUGGCUUAAAGAAGUGAACAAGGAGCAAGCGGUUAUUCAUGGCGAGGAUGCUCUAACUGACUGUCAAGACAGUGGAACAACAACGGAAAAACAUGUCGUGCCAACAAAUCUUCAAAACAAAGAAGUUGAGAAAGAAGCUACUCACACGACACCACAGUCUGUCAUAGAAAUUAAACAGGAAAAUGAUAUAAAAGAAGAUAAAAAAGAAAAUGAUAUAAAAGAAGAUAAAAAAGAAAAUGAUAUAAAAGAAGAUAAAAAAGAAAAUGAUAUAAAAGACGAAGAAAGACAAGAAGAGUUAAUUGAAAACAUCGCAAAUUAUUAUGGAGAAGAAAGUAAAAUUCAGAAUUAUAUACGAGCAAAUGAGAUAGAAAAAAGGAGAAGAGUAGUUGAGUUAGGAAAAGAAAAAGAAGAAGAAAUAGCAAUGCUAAUUGGAGGAAUUAGUGAUGAUGUGAAACAAAUUGAAAUCAUUUCAAGAGAAAUAAUAGACAAGUGUAAGAAAGAAAAAGACAAACGAGAAGGGAUUAUUAUGAAAAUAAUAGAAAGUAUGAUAAGGAAUGAAGUUGUUGUCACAACGAAUCCAAAUAGAGUUCAUGUUUAUGGUGAGAUAAUAGGAAAUAUAUGUUUUGAAUGGAAAGAAUAUCGGGAUAAAAUUAUAACGAAAAUAAGAAGUAUAAGUCCAGUAUUUAAUUCAGUUUAUCCAAAAAGAAGCGAUAAGAAGGAGUAUGAAAUGAUAAUGAAAUAUAAAAGAAAUGAAAGUGAUGAAAAGUAUUUUAACCGAAUAAGACAUAGUUUUAAAAUAUUAACAGGAAUUUUAAUGAGUGAAGUAGGUGAUCAAACAAUAUUACUUGAUAUUGUGAUGAAUGGAAUGUAUAUGCAAUAUGAUAAUAAAGAAGUUUGUUUGGGAACAGUUGGAGAUUUAAUUGGAAGUAUGGUUGAAAUUAUGCUUGAUGAGUGUGGGGACAAACUAAAACAUACACAAUACAUGACUCGUAUCAUUCAAACGAUUAAAGAGUAUUUACCUAUUGCUCAAAGACAUUGGGAAGGAAAAGGACCUCAAGGGGAUUAUGUCAUGAGAAAAAUUAAAGUCCUUCUCCAACGAUAUGAGAAGAACCUUCCGUUCAACAAGAAAGUUGUUGAAUAUCAAAAUGAACUUGCUGCUUACAAAAAACAAAUAGGUUUAGAAGCUUGUGUUUGGGAAAAUACUACUCAAAUUAAAGUUCUUGAAUCUAACGAGAUUCUCAGUAAAGACAAUAGCACCACACAUGGGAUUGAAGAAAAACACAGUAAAAAUACAGUUAAUCAAGAAGAAAGUGAUAAAGAAGAGUAUAAUAAAGAAGAAAAUCCAGAGAAUAAAGAAGAGGAGAAUAAAGAAGAAAAUCCAGAAAAGAAAGAAGAGGAGAAUAAAGACAGUGCUAACACAAAAGAGAAUAAAGAAGAAGAGAAGGACAAAGAAGAAGAAAAAAGAAAAUUACUUGAAGAAGAUCCAGAAGCUGAAGCUGAUAUUUAUUUUAAACCAAUCAUUGAACUAAAAGAAGUUGAACAAAAAGAAAUGGAAGAAGAAAUUGUUUUUAAAGAAAGAGGAAUAUGUGUUAGAUAUGAUACUGUAAAUGAAGAGUUUAAAGAGCGAGGAAGAGGAGAGAUUGAGAUAUUAAAACAUCCCACAACUAAAUUAUCUCGUGUGAUUCUUAUUCGUGAUCAAAUCUUCAAACUUGCAUGUGAUCAUUACAUUCUGCCAUACAUCAAAAUCAAAGAAUUUCCAAAUAACCGAAGAGCAAUCAUAUAUUCUGUUUAUGAAGAUUAUGCACAAGAUGAAGGAAAGAAUACCAUUACAUUUGGUAUGUGUUUCAACACGGAAGAAAUUAAAGAACGAUUUAUCAAAACAUUCAAAGAACUUCAAGAAGAAACACAACAGAUAGUAAAGAAUAAAGAAGAACAACAAGAAGAGGAGAAUAAAGACAGUGCUAAUACAAAAGAGAAUAAAGAAGAAAAAACAGAAAAGAAAGAAGAAAAAACAGAAAAGAAAGAAGAAGAAAAGAAGAAAGUAAAUGUAGAAGAAAAAGGAGAUGAUGAAGAAAGAAAUAGGAAAAUAUUUAAUUAUCAAGAAUUUGACAUUUUUGGAGGUAAAAAUCCAUAUGACAACAUGACAACACGACAAGAAAUCAAAAUAAACAAAGGAAAUGAUAUAAGAAAAGAAGAAAGUGAACGUAUAAAAGAAAAUACAGAAAAUGUGGAAAUUAAAGAAAAUACAGAAAAGAAAGAAGAAGAAUAUAAAGAAAACACCGAAUUUAAAGCAUUUGAUUUUUCAAAUAUUCUUAAUAAAAAAACAGAUAACAAUAUGGCAAGGAUAAACACACAAGCAGAAGCAACAUACAACAAAAUAGAAGAGAUAAACAUAAAGAAUGAAUCAGAAACCCAAGAAAAGUCACAAUCAAUGAAUAUACAAGAAUAUGACACCCCACAACCUCACAAUAACACUGAACAGAAAACCACAGAAACACCAGAAACUUAUAAUUUUAGUCAUGAACAACCAACCACUCUUACCCAAAAUGAAAAUCAUGAAAUAACGAAAGAAGAAGAAAAAAGAAAAUUACUUGAAGAAGAUCCAGAAGCUGAAGCUGAUAUUUAUUUUAAACCAAUCAUUGAAUUGAAAGAAGUUGAACAAAAAGAAAUGGAAGAAGAAAUUGUUUUUAAAGAGAGAGGAAUAUGCGUUAGAUAUGAUACUGUAAAUGAAGAGUUUAAAGAGCGAGGAAGAGGAGAGAUUGAGAUAUUAAAACAUCCCACAACUAAAUUAUCUCGUGUGAUUCUUAUUCGUGAUCAAAUCUUCAAACUUGCAUGUGAUCAUUACAUUCUGCCAUACAUCAAAAUCAAAGAAUUUCCAAAUAACCGAAGAGCAAUCAUAUAUUCUGUUUAUGAAGAUUAUGCACAAGAUGAAGGAAAGAAUACCAUUACAUUUGGUAUGUGUUUCAACACGGAAGAAAUUAAAGAACGAUUUAUCAAAACAUUCAAAGAACUUCAAGAAGAAACACAACAGAUAGUAAACAAGAAAUAA